AUGUCAAUUCAUCAUUUUUCUCUGUCAGUGGACUGGAAAGUUAACCUAGCAGUUUUGUAGUAGGCCUAUGUAAAUUUAAGGUCUUCACAAUAGUGUAAUUUAAAACUAGAUUAAAUGAAAGACUUAUCUUGAAAUGCAGUAUUUCAAUAAACCUGUGUUUUGACAUCUUCGUGAAUAUCCCAACAUAUAUAAUAUAGUGUGUUAGAUAUAGCUAAAGAAAAUUUGGUCUACCUUCUAGUCUACUCUCAGCUAAUAUGAAUGGUGGGAUACAUUUUACAGUUUCUGCUCCUGGUAAGGUAAUUUUGUUUGGAGAACAUAGUGUAGUGUACAAAAAGGCUGCAGUAUCUACAUCCAUUAGUAAAAGGUUGUCUGUUAGUAUAAACAGUCUUAAUGAUGAAGUAGUACUGUUGAAGCUACCUCAGAUAGGUAGUGAAAUUACUUUGAACAUAACUCAGUUAAAUGCUGCUGUAAAGGAUAAAUGCCCUGUUCAGCCACCUGAAUCAUCAUUUUCAAUUCAAAGGCCUGAGGAAAUUGACCAUGCAAUCUAUAUUGACUCAUUGAAAACCCAAUUACAAUGUAUGGGGAUGCACUUGAGUACACUUCCAGAUAAAACCAUUGCUGCUUAUCUAGGAAUACUCUAUGUUAUUCGAGGUAUGUGUAAUUCUUUAAGCUGUAAAUUGGUACCAUUUUCAUUGGAAGUAAAUUCUGAAUUAGAUGUUGGUGCUGGCACUGGAAGCUCUGCAGCCUUUGCGGUUGCAAUCUCAGCCUCAAUUCUACACUAUCGAAAGUGCCUGGAGACAAGUAACAUGAAUAAGCCAAUAUACUUUACAGAAGAAGUACAGGAUAAUAUCAUCAUUAAGUCUAACAACACAAAUUCUGGAUUUUCCGUAAAUGAACUAAGGGUUAUAAAUAAAUGGGCGUUUUGCAUUGAGAAAAUCAUGCAUGGACGACCAUCGGGAAUAGACAACACAACCAGUACUUUUGGAUCAGUAGUUGUGACAUGUCAAGGAAAUAGCGAAAACGAAGGUCUCACAUUUAGAUUUUUAGAAAAUGUUCCAAAGAUUUCUAUUUUACUCAUAGCUACUGGUGUAGCCAGGAACACAGCAAAUCUUGUUGUAAAAGUGAGAAAAUUAAGGGAAGAAAACUGUGCUGCUGUAGAUGCCAUACUUGGAGCAAUGGAUGUUAUUGCAAGAGAAGCAUUUAAGGCGUUAGAAGACCUCGGUUUGAAUUAUAGUGAUCCUAAAAAAGGAGAUGAAUUGUAUAAAGUUCUUGGUAGUCUCAUGGAGUUGAAUCAUGGACUAUUAAGAACUCUGGGCGUAUCUCAUGAGAGCUUGGAGCGCAUUGUGAGCGUAUGUGGUCACCAUGGAUUGGCAAGUAAACUGACCGGUGCAGGGGGAGGGGGAAAUGCAAUUACUUUAGUGCCAACUCAAUUAUCUAAAGAAGAAAUUAAUAUCUUAAAACAUGAGCUUGGUGAAGAGUUCAAAGUAUCAGAAAUCAGUAUUGCUGACCAAGGUGUUAGAUUGGAGUUAAGUAGUCUACAACCAAGAUGUCCUGUUGAAACUUAAAUGUCUGAUGUUUUGGCAUUAAGGCCCGUCCAAACCGAAGCGGGAAAGCGGCGGGAGCGGGAAGGUGGCAAGACGAGUUCCCGUGCGGGCUUUUAAAACACAUGGUGUUAGAUGUGAGCACCCACACUAGAGCGGUACCUCUCCCGCCGUCCCGCAGCGUUGUUCGAUCGUCCCGCCGGUUUGAAACAUGUUGGAUUUUCCCGCUCGUACCGCCGCGGAACACAUGGGUACAUGACUUAUUUGGUGCCGAGACGUUUGAGAAGAUGGCUGAGGAUGAUUCCAGUGCGUUGUUCAUUGAACAGUUCAUCAAAACACGCGAUGGUCAUCCUAAAAUAAAUAUAAAACCACCUUUCGUCUUUCUUUGGAUCCGGCAUAAGGGUAUGGUACUCGCCAAAUAAAUGUCCAUUUAGAUUGAUUUCAUGAACCUAAACAGAUCGCCGUCUUGCAGCUUCAUCUUAUCUUCAGCUGUUGCUAGCAAAAGCAAAGCUUCUUCUUCUUGUACAUUACGAUUCAUGUCGUCCCGCUUCCCGCUGCCUGCAGCUUCGGUGUGGGCUACCUCUUUCCCGCCUCGUAUCGCUGCCGCUGGUUCCCGCCGGUCAUUCGCCCCCUUCCCGCUCCCGCCACUUUCCCGCUUCGGUUUGGACGAGCCUCUAUGUUGUUAUUUUAAUCAAAUAUUUGUCUCUCUGAGUUUCAGAUAAUAUGACAAUGACAAUUAAUUGCUUCACAAUUAUGUUGGUACCUAACUUACUGAAUAAUCAUAUUUAGAUGAACUAUAAAAAUAAAAAAAAGAAAUUGAUUACUACAUCUACUCUCAGCUUAGUUGAUAUGAAUGGUGAGAUAAAUUUGAUCUAUUUUAGAGAGAUGUAUUUUACAUUAUACAGUAAGCCUAAUUAUGAACAUAACCGUUUCACACAUGCAAUAAUAUUGUACUUUGUAGCCUAUAGUAGGCUACUCUUUCAAUUUAUUUACCUUAAGAUACCCUUUGCUGUCAAUUUAUGUUCUAUAGGCUACACAGUUUUCCUUGACCAUUGGAUUUUACAUAGAACCAGCUAGUCUUAGAGCCCUUUCACAGGUGGCUGCCACAGUUUUUAAAACAUUGUUAUAAAUGGGGGCCUUCAGACUCGUCCACUGCAGUUGCCCGUCAGGGCAUAGUGGCCGAGCUGUGUCUCUUCGCACAACUGCGGUGGGGGCAUUAAAUUAGGGCGCUUCACGAGGCCACUUAUGUUCGCCACCAGUUACCGGAUGGUACAGGAAACUGACAAGCCACUCCACUACAGCCACUGAACAAUGGUAGUUGCGAAAAUGCUGUCGAACAAUGAACAUCUCCGUCUUCUCGCAUCUAUGAUAAAGAAAAGAAGGCGAAGACACAGGCGUACUGUCCCAAAUUCCCGGGUACUAUUCAAUUUUGCAAAUUAGAUCUUCAGUAUUCACUUUGUCUUCUCUUUUAGCGAAUUUCCCAUAUAUAUAGGCCUAGGGAAUAAGCUAUUACCGUAGUAGCCUACUCAUGGUAAGACCUGGACCCGGGACCGAUUUAAUUUUUUGUUCUGAGGUCCCUAGAGGCCAAAAACACCAUCCUUUCAAUUCAUAUAUAAAGGUUUAUAUAUAUAUAUAAAUAUAUAUAUAAGUAUAUAUAUUAUAUUUAUAUAUAUAUGUGUCCGUGAGCGUGAUAUCUUGAGCAAAAAUGGUCCGAUUUUGAUUAAAUUUGGUACAAACGUGUAAACCUACGUUUAUUCCAACGAGUUCGCGAUCCAGCAUAAUCGGACCAUGGGAACAGGGGUUUAUGGGGGGUUUUAUGGGAUAAAAAUGGGUUUUCCCCAUUUUUGACCCUAAAAACAAAAAAUUUCUUUUUAAAUAGUUUUUUAGAGCUUAAAAAAAGAAAUAAUUUAGUAUAUUGAAGCGCUGUUGUAUGCCUAACGGUCACAGAGAAAAUUAAAAAAUAGUGCAAUUUCAAAUUCCCAUGUUAUUCUUAUGGAGAAAAUGAAAACUGUUGUAGUUUACUUGUUUAUGGAUAUAUGUUGAUAAAAUUUGGCAAAUUUAUUUAUUACAUCCUAUACUAUUGAAGAAUGGUCAAAAAACACUUUUUACCUUCCCCGUAGCAGCCAACCAAGCACUCGUUAAAUCUAAUGUUAUUUAAAUAGGGAAUAAAUAUGUGUUAUUUAAGGAAAUAUUUUAGUAAUAAUGUAAUCAGACAAGUUGAAAUUCGCUUAGUCUGCAGGUUUGCUGCAGCGGGGUAUUUUUGUUUAGUCUCUUAUUCUGUUUUUCUUCCUUUUUGUCUUCUUUUUCAGCAACGUCCUCUUUAUUUUUCUUCUGAUCACUCAUUUUCACAAACAAACAAUUCAACAUGAAAACACUCAACAACUACCACAGUGCGUUUGUCUCUGCAGUCUGAACGUGAACUGAUCCAAAAUAGUAGCUGCGUGCUUAUCCAUGGUAGCGGCCACUGGUUGCUUUGUGUGAAAGCUCCCAUCUAAUUCAAUGCCUAACGUGACGAGGAGUUGCCGCCACUGCGGUUGCCAAGGAGACACUGCUCGGCCACUGUGUCCUGGCGGACAACUGCAGUGGCUGCGUGUGAAGGCCUCCAUUUAAAAUUAUGUUAAAGCUGUGGCGGGCAACCAGUGUCAGCCACCAGUGGCCUCGUGUGAACGGGCCCUUAGUCAGCACCAAAGCAAAGCUGUCAUUUAAUUCAUUCAACAACCAUUGGUCGGUUACCCAUCUUUGUCUGAAAAUACCUGCCGUGCCAAUGUAUAUUAUAUAGGCUAUAUAUGUGUCAUGUGCCUUGGUGUGCUGUAAUCUAAUCUAAGAGUAUGAGGAAAGUGUUUAAACAUUCUCACAAAUUUGUAUUUUGAACACUAGGUCCAAAAUUCCAAAUAUUAGGCCUAUAAUUAAUAGUUAUAAUGUGUAUGAAUUUUAAAGUGAGAACGAGUGCCUAAUAUUUUAAAUACUAGUUCAGAGGGUCUGAUAAUUUUUUUAAAAUUCUUCAAUAUUUUAAUAAUGUUAAAAGUUUAUCAUCUGUAGGCCCUAUACUUUUUUAUGUUAUAAAUAUAUACCUAGUUAGGAAUUUAGAAAUCUUUUACACUGUCCAGGUCUAGCCGGUUUUACGGUACCUUUCAAUAUACUGUAUACAAAACAUUAUAGUGCAUUUGAUACUGAGACAGUAAGUUUACUUUUCUUUUAUUACAAUUUCAGAUAUUUACAUUGGCCAUUAUUAGUGAUAGGCCUACUUAAUAUUUAAUCUAUGGUGCUGGUUAAUAAUUUUAUAGGUUUUUAUUUUUCUAUGCUUGAGAGAAAUAAAUUUGUUG